UUCCUCCUUCCUCCUCAUUUUUCCGGAAGACCUGCGUGUCGUUUCCAUGGUUACAGUGGCAGAGUUUUGGACGCUUUCGCUGUUCGCACUCGCGCUAGACGUUGAGAAAAGGGGAGAAAUAAACUUUUUGGGGGCAACACAAAUAAAAAUGUGCGCUUCAGUCACUCGGACAGUCACUAAAAAAGCUGACGCUUAUAAACUCGUGAAGCGGGAGCGGGUUUAUGACCACUUAUAUGAUCCCGUUUACACUGUGUCAUCUGAAGUGGACCAUACAAAGGCCAAUCAUAGAGCCUAUGCGUCAAAGGAUCGAGUUAGGAGAGUGCCCGAGUUUGCGUCUAUGUUCAGUGACAACCCAAGCUAUACAGUUAAACUGGACCCAGCAGAGCCAGUGCCAGCCUUUAAUGAUUAUCACUGGACAGGACAUGCCGAACAGCACAAAGAGGCCUUACAACAGCUUGCUGGGAUUAUUCCAAACGCCCAGAAAAGGAAGCAGUGCCAUGUAACAGGGGGUGAUUACUGGAAAUACUUGAAACGCCCCCUGAUUCCAUUUGCUCAGCAGUUUCCCUCAGACGUGAUUUUUGCCUUUCUAAGAGAAGAUGUUGGAGCCACAGAUGGAAAAGAUGCUCAGCAACAACCCGCCCAGUGCUCUGUGGGGGUCCAGACAGACUACAGGGAAAGCGAAACCCAGACAGACCCAUACAGCCCUGAGUAUGUGAUACAACCCAGAACGACUCCUUCAGAGCUUCUACAGCUGGCAGCUUUGACUUGGGGUCAUGGCUUGCCAGCCGGCUUGGCUGAGGUGGAAAUGAUAGAGCGUGCACGUGCGAAGCGGGCGUGGGAGGCCACUCUCCCUCCGCUGGACGACCUGAGCCAGAUUGACAAGAGAAGACGUAUGAUGGAGGAGAUGGAGGCCAAGGAGUGGGCUUUCAGGGAUGGAGAGAUCCAAAAGCUGCAGGAGGCUCGUCUGGCUGUGUUGACAGACCUGCUGAUUCAGAGAGAAGAGGCCCAGAAAAACGCCACGUUCGAAAGACUGAAUGAGAUUUAUUCCAAGAACAAUAAGGACAAGGAAACCAAGCUACGCAAAAUCAACAAUGACUACUUCAGGGCGCUGAGAAAGCUGGAAGCCAAGAGGAAUUGUGUGGAGGGGAAGCGGCCUAACAUUGGCAUCCAUUCUCAGAGAUAUAGUCCUCCGGCUCACAUGGGCUCCAUUACCAACAGCACCACCCAUGAGUGGGAAAGUCACUACUUAGGCACUUAUGAAGGCUUGCUGGAAUUAGAAGCACGACUCAAUACGUCAGUCCCCAAGCCACAGACGAAGGAAUCAAAACCUAAAGUCAGGAAGUAUAGGAACAAGUCUCUUGCCUGCAGGGCUGUGGAACUGCUGGAGGAGUACAAGGCCCAGAAGGAGGAGAUGAACAAGCCUAAAACAAAAGAGGUCUCGCGUUUUCUUAUCAGAAAUGAGAAGCCUGAGCCUCUCCCUGUCACUCCAAGAGUAGAAAAACCACCAGAGGGGGAUGAGGAGACAGAGCUUGCAGUAAUCAACUUGCAGAAACUCCUCAGAGGAAGGAGUACUCAAUAUCAAAUGUUUAAGGGCAAAGAGAACCAGCCCGAGCUCAUCCAAGAGUUAAGGACCAUCUACGCCCUCCAGAGCAAGGAGCAGGAACAACAGCGAGCUGAAAAAGGCGCCAUAAUCGCCCUGAAGAAACAGAGAGACCAUCAAAGGCACCAGGAUGCUCAAAAGGACGCGUUCUACGCCGCCUUCGAGGGCGCCGAACUGGAGCAGAUUUUCGACACCCUGUCCAAGGAGCUCAUCCAUCUCCAGGAGGAGCGCAGGAUUCAUGCUUUUGCGCUGCUGGCUGAGAGGGACCGGCGGCGUCGGGAGGCGGAGGAGAGUGGGAGAAGACAGGAGGAGGAGCGGAGACGCAGAGACGAGGACGAGAUCUUCAGACAAGUGGUACAGGUGCACCAGGACAGCGUGGACAUGUAUCUAGAGGACGUCAUCUUGGAGACUUUGGAGCAGGCAGCUGAUCAGCAAGCCCGGGAGGAGAUCCACAGGAAGGCAAAGGAGAUCAAUGAUAUUGUUUAUGCGGUACAGGAAAGCCGAGACACCCUUCAGUCGGAGGAGAUAGUGUCAGAGCUGGUGUACAGCUUCCUUAUCCCAGAGGUCGAGAAAAUCAAUGUCAGGCAAACAGUGCACCGGAAGCAGCAUCGACACCUGCUGGCGGCUCAGAGCAUCAUUCAGGGCACUGCGGCGCCCACCGGGAGCCGCUCCUCUGGAGCCCCGCAGCCAACGUGUCCCGGCGUGAUAGCCUCCAGCCAAAUCCUGGAGGAGCUGACCGGCCAAGUGGAGCAAAGGAAGCAAGCAGAGCAUCAGCAACCUAACACUGAAUGAAAGAAAAUGGGGCGCAGAUGGAUGUUUACA